GGAGUAGCAGAUUGCGCUAAGCCCACUGCCUAAGCAGACGUCUCUGGCUGUCUUCAUCUGCAGCUGCUGAGAGAAGUCUGCUGCAUUCUCUCUGGUGUAGCCGCAAGUAUGACUUGACUGAUUUGCAUUCAUGGCUCUUGGAUGAUCUGGUGAACCAUGGAGCUCAAAGUAUGGGUGGAUGGAGUCCAGAGAAUUGUGUGUGGGGUCACCGAAGUCACAACAUGCCAGGAAGUUGUAAUAGCCCUUGCUCAGGCCAUUGGUAAGUCCGGCAGGUACACGCUGAUCGAGAAAUGGCGGGACACGGAGAGGCACCUGGCACCGCACGAAAACCCCAUCGUGUCGCUGAACAAGUGGGGGCACUACGCGAGCGACGUGCAGCUGAUCCUGCGCCGCACCGGGCCCUCUCUGAGCGAGAGGCCGACUUCGGACAGCGUGGCUCGCAUCCCAGAGAGGACUCUGUACCGGCAAAGCUUACCUCCCCUGGCCAAGCUGAGGCCUCCCAGCGACAAAUCCAUGAAGAGGAGGGAGCCGAAAAGGAAAUCCCUCACCUUCACCGGGGGGGCCAAAGGGCUAAUGGACAUCUUUGGGAAAAGCAAGGAAUCCGAGUUCAAGCAAAAGGUGCUCAACAACUGUAAAACAACAGCGGAUGAGUUGAAGAAAUUGAUCCACCUCCAGACAGAGAAACUUCAGUGCAUUGAAAAACAGCUGGAGUCCAACGAAGCCGAGAUCCGCUACUGGGAACAAAAGUAUAACUCCAGCCUGGAAGAAGAAAUCCUCAAGCUAGAGCAGAAGAUCAAAAGGAACGAAGUGGAGAUCGAAGAGGAAGAGUUCUGGGAAAACGAGCUGCAGAUUGAACAGGAGAACGAAAAACAGCUGAAGGAGCAGCUGCAGGAGAUGAGGCAGAGGAUCCUGGAGUGUGAGAGCAAGCUGAAGGACUACAUGUCUCAGAUCCACAACAUGGAAAGCGGCCUUGAAGCAGAGAAGUUGCAGCGGGAAGUUCAAGAGUCCCAAGUGAAUGAAGAAGAGGUCAAGGAAAAGAUCGAGAAGGUGAAGGGUGAAAUUGAUAUUCAGGGCCAGCAGAGUCUGAGAUUGGAAAAUGGCAUUAAAGCUGUAGAAAGGUCUUUGGGCCAAGCUACCAAACGGUUACAGGACAGGGAACAAGAACUGGAGCAACUGACAAAGGAGCUGCGACAGGUCAAUCUCCAACAGUUCAUCCAGCAAACAGGAACGAAGGUCACGGUGCUGCCAGCAGACCCCGUUGAGGUGGAGGCCCCGCAUGUGGAGCUUGAGAGAGAGCCAACAUUUCAGUCCGGGUCACUGAAGCGCCCUGGCUCGUCGAGGCAACUCCCCAGUAACCUUCGGAUUCUACAGAAUCCCCUGUCAUCUGGUUUUAACCCGGAGGGCAUUUAUGUAUGACAGUACAUACCUCUUCUGGAGAGGACGUAGCAAGGUACCCUGGACAAGAUACACCUUUGUUUUAUUCUGCCAAUGAUGAAUGGAAGAAGAUUUUUUUUUUUUAAUUUUAUUUUUUUUGUUAGGCCACCAUGUAUUUUUUCUUCUUCCUCCAACACACCACUUGGAGCCAUACCCUGUGCACUGAUGCUAAAGAGACAGAGGAACUGUCUCGAUCCGUAAUUGGCAAGGAUGAACUUGCUCUCAACACAGCUAGAGUGCAAAAGCCUUCAUUUGUUUUUGCCACUUUAGAAGUGUUUGGGAAAGUACUGUUCCAUAUAUAGGCGUAAAUAAAAGACUGAGGGUGAAGGAAACCAUGUAUGCAACUUACCUGAGGUUUAAUUUAUUCCCUUUAAUCAAUGGACGUGUGAAUGUUGACCUUUUAUAUUUUUGUUUUUAACUUGUGAAUAAUCACGUAUGGCUGUAUGUCAGUCUGACAAGGUGACUUUAAUUUGCGUGUACAACCAUCCAUCAUUUGAUCACCUACAACAACUUGCAAUGCAGAGUUCUGUGGAGUGCUGAACCUUUAAAAUGGUUUCUCACCACUGACUUUGUUAAUUUCUGUUGUGGGUCAUAAUACGUCAUGUUCCAUCCAUUGCUACCUUUUAAGGCUUGCAAAGUGAGCUUGUGGGAUUUACUUGCUGUUGAAUUUGCCUUGAAUGAAGCACCUAGUGUUCAAGAGAUUUAUGGAAUUUAAACCUUGGUAAAAAUAUUUCCAGCAUAUGAUUGAGGAUGCACUAGUUAGAUGAUAUUUUAUUAUAUAGAAUGUAUAUUUGAAAUAUUUUGCCACAUUGUAUAUGCCUUUUGAGAAAAGAACAAUGUAAGAAGUUGUCUUCAUAUAUCUUACCAAAAGAGAGCAGGAGGCUUUCACUGUGUGUGAUUUUGUACUUUAUUUUUUCCACUAGCCAUUACAGUGUUCUUGUUUUGCAGUAAAUCUUGUUGUUGGAGGAGAAAAAAAACACAGAACAAAUGAGCAUUCUCCUCCAGCCUUCCAAAAUUCACUCAAGUUUUGUGGAGGGAAGAAACCUGGCAGAGUCCCAUGAAGUCAAUAGCAGAGCUUCUACUGACUUGAGUGGGGCCGGGAUUUCAUUCCGGGACCCUGGUGUUAAAUGGCAGACGUUCAGCCCCUUUGAAAGAUGUAUUGUUGCUCAGCCACUUACAGAAUAUAAAGCUUACAAACAGGAAAUUCACAGGUUUGGUAGUAGUUUUUUACAAAAAAGGCGAAAAGAAAACAUUAUUGUAUCUUGAUGUCACUCUAAUGCAGUCAAAGCUAAGCAAGGAUUAGACAAAAUGGCUUCCACGCAGAAAGUAAGACACUACCCAGUAGCGUGUUGGUUACAGGCCUUGAAAUUAGAUUGCUGAAUUCAACACCAAGUUUGUAGAGAAAGUGACUGGCAUCAGUGGGACACUUUGUAUACGUUAGGAGGCUGGCCUCACGGACGAGUUAAAGAAGGGAUGGGCCUUACCUAGUUGCAUUUGGAUUUCCUGUUCUAACAGCAACUCAUACCGUCCUCUCCACCUUUGAGAUCCCCUUGACACGAGAGGGGGUCACCGUGCUUUCAGUCAGUGGCAAAAUGACAGAACUCCUGAUGUCUUUGGUCGGGUCAGGAUUUUACCACUGGUAGGAAACUCCAAGCUUUUUACCAUAGCAAAUACUUAAGAAUUCUUAACUCCUAGCAUCCUCUUGUGUUGAUUUACUGACGUGCAGAUAAACGUUAAUUGAAGUUUCCUUUUUUUAAAAAGGAGCUUCCUGACAAAUGGAAGUUUUAUAAGAUACAGUAGAAGAUGAAGGACUCUUGAGUGUUUAAUGCAUUUUUUUCCCUUUCCACUUAUUAAUGGCAUCAUAUAUUCUAAAAAUGCUGCUGUAUUCAGACUAACAGCAACAGAUAAGGCUGUGAAUAUAUAAAGGACCUUUCUAAAUGGAUUCUGAAUUUUUACUGUUUAACUUAUCAGGUCUUUUUUUUUUUUCCCCCCCCUUGUGAGCAAACUGGAAAAUGAGAUGUUCCUACCUGAGGAAUCUUUGCAGUGCUCACAGAUUUUACUGUUAGUUUAUCACAGUUCUGUGCUCAUGUUUACUGUGCCCGUAACUUUCGUAACUUUUUAUUAAAAAAAAAAAAAAAAAGAUUGUGUGUGUGUAUAUAUAUAUAUAAAAAGUGUAAAAUAUACAUAGUUUGGGGACAAUAUCUGUCCAAGGUACUUGAGCAUAUAUGCCUUACAUUUUGGGUUCAAUUUACAGAAACAAAAUGGCCCUCUCCAGUGAAUAUCUUGCAUCUUCAGCACCUCUUGGUGUUAGAGAACUGAGGCACUCAGCACCUUGCAAAGUUUGGCCCAAAUUAUGCUGCAUGGGGGUGGGGAGAAACACAAGGAAAAGCCUGUUGCAGUUUCAGUCUUGUACUGAGAUGAAGUAUUUUUACGGCAGAUCAGCAUACUUACCCAGUUAAUGUUUUUGUCAUACUUUGUGACUGGUCCAUCUCCCACAGAUGUCAGUUUGAGCUGAACUGGGCUCUUGCUUCAUAAAAACUGCUCUCUUUCUCUGCCAGGUUAUUCUUUAAGAUGGAGGGAGGAGGAAAAGGAUUGAAAGGAAGGGGAAGAGCAGCUUUGGAGGGCUUGAGUUAUGGCUUUGUAAUAGAAUCAAGGAAGGAAUUUGCCAUUUAAGUUAAAAAAUAGCAUCUGCUGAUUGCAGCAGCUGUUUGACAGAGGGGCCAGCCAGGAGCUGGCUCAGGAGCGGCCACUGCAUCAUCGUUGAGUGGACCCUCCUUGUCAGGGCUUUAGCACAUGUCAAGGUGAUCUGAAAACCGUUUACAGCUUCAGCCACUGUUGUGGCAAAGGAGAGGCUUUGGUAUCCAAACCUGUCAUUUGUGAGACAGUGACAAAUUCCCCUGCCCCCACCGUGCUCCUCUUGCUUAUUGAAUUUCACCCAGGUUAAAGUUCUGUAGCAUUUUCACCCUCUCUGUAAAUAAACCAAAAAUAAAUGGCAUGCCCUUGCAUUAAAUGUGAAUUGAACAAUGUAUUACAGUUAUAAAAAUUCCUCACAUUAUGGCGUUAAGAGUUUUGCUUCUGAUCAACUGCAGAACCUCACUCUUUCUUCACAAAUGUAGAAAAAUUCAUUUUCAGAAGUGUUUCAAACCUACUUAUGGGGCAUUAGCAGAAAGGAAGCUACACAUACUGAUUUUAACAAGUGCCAUAUUAUUUACUGGCCAGCAUGAUAAAAAUGGGGUUUUUUUGCUUGCGUUAAAUAGUUGAAUACACAAGCACUAUUUUCCAGUGCACAGGGAAUUUAUAUGGAGAACUCCUGUAAUUUAUUACUAAUGGAAAUUAACUGUUACCUCUCUCAUCCAUGAGGGUACAGUUUAUUUUUGCCGGUGAUGCUAUGUUGUUGGGGGGAAAGGCGGGGGGUUGACCGUUUGAAAAGCCGGUAGGUUAAGGCGAAGGUAAACAUUCUGAAUGCCCGAGCAAGGGAGAAACCCAAGUCCCACUCUGAAAAGUCAGCUAGGAACCUGCCUCCCCUUAUCUUUCAGUGGGACUUAGGUUCCCAAGUGCCUGAAUUGCUUCUGGAAAUGGUAUGUUAGCUUUGAGAUGACUUGCUUUUCUAAACCCUAGCAAGUUGGAAGGAAGUUCUUGAAGAGGAGAACUACCACUAGCAUUAGCAAUAUGCAAACAUACUUUCUUUGUGAGGUAAGAGGGAAAAGAUCCUUUAGUGAAAUAAAAAUCUCCUCUUGGGGCAAUAAUUGCCUUGUUUUUAGCGUGAAGAGUAUUGCAUUAUUUUAGUGAACUGGGAUCAUAUGAGUUUGAGCAAAAAAACGGAUCUUGUAAUUUUUAGUGAGUUAUCUUGAAGCAUAUAAAUUCCUGAUGUGCAUUAACUUGAGUGAAUUGGGCCUUAAUGAUCCAUGUAAAUAACAAAACUGUAUUCAGAUAUUUUUUCCAGAAAAUAGUCUCUAAUGGUCUGUACUGUAUUAAAAUAAGUGUCAAAGUAUUACUUUUAUAUUACACCUUUUUUUUUUUUUUAGAACAUUGAAACAUGCAUGUUUAUUCCAUUUGCUACAGUAUUUUAAUGUUUUGGAUGAAGGCCAUCGGUUGUAUGGAGACGACAAAACAAUCAUUCUGUCUAUUUAUUCAGUAUUGCUGCUUAAAGUUUUCAAAAUAAAGCUUUCAAUGCUAAUAUAGUGACUGAUUGAAAGCUGUUCUAGCUCUCUUCAGAUGUUUUUUUUUUAUGUUUAUAGAAAACUAAAUAAGUGAAACUCGGUAUAUAAACUGUUAAUACCAGCAAAGAAUUAUUGCAAUAAUAUUGUGGGGAGGGUGCAGGGGUAAGUGUGUGUAGUAUAUACAUAAAUGUAUGCAUGCAGUGAAUGCGUUUAGGUCUCAAGUAAAUGGAGUGCUGAAGAAUGUUCAAGUCCUUUGUGGUCUUGCAAGCAGCUUACACACGCGAUCAAACACUGGUUAGUGCUUCAUACCAGCGUGCAGCGCUUGUGAGGGGCAGAACAAGCAGAGGUGGUCACAAAGGAUCAGCUCGGAGCCCUUUGAACCAAGUGGGAUUUAAGCACAUUCUUGAGUAUUCCAUAGAUGUGUUUCUGAAUUGGGCCAAAAGCAUGUUCUGAUACAAAAAUCUUUCAGUUGCAGCAAGGAUGCCUUGUUUCAAGCGUAGCUGGUAGUUCUGAGGUGGAUCAAGUAUGCCUGCUGUAUUUGUAAAGGGUAUGAAAAUGCAGAGAACGCUAACCCUGAUGGUCACCCCGUGAAACUACUAACUAGGGGUUCUGACUGGAAGAUUUGAGUUGCUGACGCUUUAACCUAGAGAAGCAAUGCAAACUAACUGUGAAAACACGAGUGAGGAUUCUAUUACUGCUCUGCUUCAAUGCAAGAUGAAAAUCUGUAUUAUAUGUAACUAUAUUUUUUGUCAUUUAAAAAGCUUCUAUUUUUUAUUAUUCUCAUGAAUGGUUGACAAAAGAUAUUGGAUAUGCUCCCAUACAAUAAACUCCCCUC